UGAAUGAGCAUCGAACAUAUUGAACAACAAGUUAGGGUUCAGAAAAGUUCAUAGAGAGUGUGGGAGUUUUUUCUUUUACACAUGCUGUUGUUUUCAGUUUGAAUCUCAGAGCAAGUGCAUUUGUGAGGCGUGUGACCCUAUGCAGUAUGAACAGCUGACAGGGGAGGUCCCAAGGCCCCAUGCUUGAUAUAUAAAGAGGGCCUGAUCUUAUACUGAGAGUUACUCUGUGGCUGAAGUUCGGACUCACAGGAUGAAUGCCCUCCAGACUCUGUUUCUCUUGGCUGCAGGCCUCUCUGUUGCCCAGUCCAACGACAAGGCUCUCAAUCAGUUUAGAAGAAUGAUCCUGUGUGUGAUGCCUGGUAGCUGGCCUGUUUUGGACUACGCUGACUACGGCUGCUACUGUGGAAAGGGAGGCUCUGGCACACCUGUGGACGAUCUGGAUAGGUGCUGCCAAGUGCAUGACCAGUGUUACAGUGAUGCUAUGCAGCACAAUGAGUGCUGGCCCAUCUUCGACAACCCUUACACCGAGCUCUACCACUAUACCUGUGACAAACAAAACAGGAAGGUCACCUGUGAUAGCAAAAACAAUGAAUGUGAGAUGUUCAUCUGUGAGUGUGACAGGAAGGCCGCUGAGUGUUUUGCCAGAUCACCUUGGAACCCUGAGCACGAGCACCUGCCCAGCGACCACUGUCAGUAAAGACCUCCGCAAACACCCGUAUCAAAUGAAGAGCUCACUCUUACACGUGACAUAACCAUCUCUCAGUUUCCAAAGGUGUCGGAUUGUUUUGUUAAUUUAUUGAGAAUCAUUAUCUUAUUAGAAAUAUUUUUAUAGAUCUUAUGCUGUACAGGCACAUCCGAAGUAUCACGAUUUCUGUAAGGGACAAUUCAUUUCUAAUUCUGUACUUUCACUGACCUUUAACCAUCCAUGAUUCCCUCCAUGUACUGAAUCUAACUUAUUAACCGUGGAACUGUAGUUAUCCUGACAACGAACACAAUAAGAUCUGCGUCUCUCAUUUUACUUCACAUGCCGUGUACUGAUGGGCAGUUGUUCCAGGCUAUAAUCUGAAGUCACGUUAACAAUAGAGGGCACUAGUGUCCACCUUUUCCUUUUCUCACUUGCAGAAUGCGGCAUUAGUAGAUUCGGUAGUAUACUGUAGUAUAGCAUAGACUCUGCCAUCUUGCUCUUUUGUCUGUUCUGAUAUACUUUCUGUAAAUGUCCCAUAUAAGGUGUGUAAUAUUUGCUCUCAAAUA